UGAGGUGGUGGGGGCGUGAGUGCGUGCGCCCGGCAUAAGGAACUGCCGGGUAGGGAGCUCGAACUAGGGGACUCGCACGCACACCACCAAGCUAGCGUUACAUUGUGAUCCUGGAAUGAAACUACGUUACGUAGCGGGACGCGCACACGUGCACAAUACACAAGCGCCCGUUUACUGCUCAUUCGCGUCCCCCUGCAGUUGGUUGCCUGUGCGAGCGGGUGACUCCGCGUUCAUGGCACGCUGUAAAACAACUCACUUCACUCUGUUCCACUCAAACUAGUUGUGUUCGAGACUGUGUACGUUACACGCGUUCCGUGACUCGACACGGGCAGUCUCCUUUGUUCUGUUGCUUUAGAAAUAAGUGCAAUGUAAAAGUUGUUCAUGAAAACAAAGUUUAGAAUCGAGUGAAUGGGCGAGGUCACCGGUCUUCGUAUAAUAAAACGGCCGCCGUGCAGUGCGGUAGAGGCGAAGUCCCGCGCAGACUCCGAACGCGAUACAAAAAAUAAACUCGUUUCGUACUUCUAAAUUACUCGGAUGACAGAAACUUUAACGCUAAACAUAUCCCGCCAUUUAUUCGAAUACUUCCUUUUCCGGCGAGUGUUAUAUCGUACAAAAAAAAACAAUGUGAGGAGUUGAAAAGGGCACGGAGCACCGGCCUUUUGGCACACAUUACUAAUAGUGUGAAGUGAUGCUUUAUGAGUCAUUGCACGUUGCGAUGUGAAUGAAAUGAUGAAUGUACAACCGAGCGAACCAGCUAAGUGGCAGCGUGGAGGAUUCCUCUUCUCCCUUAACCGAAGCUUUCGGCUGAAUGUCAAAUCGAAAAGCACCAAUAACUCACCUGUGGAAAAUAAACAAACAGGACAAACUAUGACGGCGCUCAUGUCGGGUCUUAAUUCAACCGGCGAUGGUUCAUUAGCUCUGAGGCCUCUUGAAAUAGUCGCUCCACGCAUCGACACCUAUCGGUUCUCGAUGGCAAAUCUCGAAGAAACGCAAGACGCUGAUCUUGACGCCAUUCUGGGCGAACUAUGCGCUCUCGAUUCCGAAUAUGACGAAGAAUUAUCUAGAGUGUCAUCAGGCUUUGCAUCCGGAUCAAAAGACAGGGUACCGAGAACCACUGAGCCCUGUACCGUGCGUCAGGAGAAGGACAACAGCGAUGCGGCUUCGGGGAUCACGCGCACCGAGUCCCCGGACAAUGACUCCGCUUUCAGUGACACAGUAUCCAUGCUUUCGAGCGAAUCUUCGGCUUCUAGUAGCGCGAGUGCGAAAUGCAAAGCCUUAAAAUUGAAUUUACAUCAAAAUCAAAAGGACGCGAGCUUCCAACAAAAGGCGGACAAGAUUAAAUUAGCAUUAGAGCGCAUGCGAGAAGCAAAUAUCAAGAAACUGUUCAUAAAAGCGUUUUCAAUGGAUGGAUCUUCGAAGAGUUUAUUGGUUGAUGAGAAAAUGACUUGUGGAUAUGUGACGCGUUUGCUGGCGGACAAAAACCACGUUAAUAUGGAACCGAAGUGGGCAAUAGUUGAACACUUGCCUGAUCUCAAUAUGGAACGAGUGUACGAGGACCACGAAAUGUUAGUAGACAAUUUAAUGUUAUGGACGAGAGAAUCGAAAAACAAAAUAUUGUUUGCCGAAAGGCCAGAUAAGAUUUCGUUGUUCCAAGCCCCCGAAAAGUUUCUACUGAACGAUAACGAUCGGGGUCGUUCAAGUGAACAAGACGAUCACUCAAGGCAAGUGAUGCUAGAAGAAUUUUUCGGACAAAACGGUGCCGGAGCCAGUACUGUCCCUUCUGUAUCCGGACAUCCGGUCCCGCCGAUGGAGGGACCACUUUACCUGAAGAACGACUCCAAAAAAGGAUGGAAAAAAAUUUACUGCGUCCUCCGACCAUCAGGGCUUUACUACUCGCCCAAAGACAAGGUGAAAACGUUGAAAGAACUCGUCUGCUUGGCCACUUUCGACACCAACGAAGUAUACAUAGGUCUGAACUGGAAGAAGAAAUACAAGUCCCCAACAGACUACUGCUUCGCUAUCAAACAUCCGAGACUCCAGCAACCGAAAAGCGUCAAAUUUAUCAAGUUCUUGUGCGCUGAAGACCAGCAGACAAUGGAAAGAUGGAUGACAGCUAUGCGAAUAGCUAAGCAUGGAAGGCAAUUGCUUGAAAAUUACCGGUCCUUAGUUGAGGAGCUCACUCAAGAAGAUUUAGAUCAUCUUGCUCACGCGCGUUCUUGUUCCAUUACUUCAAUACCGACAAAAACGAACAACGGUGUGACAAACAUAAAUAGUCCAGCUCAAUCAACGUCAAGCAACAUGAGUGUUGCCAACUCGGACAUUAGCAGCGGGAGACAUUCGCGUGCUUCUUCAUCGAGCUCGAGUGGUUGUCUAUCGGAUGGAGGUACUGCUUCUGAAAGCGCUUUCGACUGUGAAUUUCCUAUGGGUACAAUAAAACGCAAACCAUCUAUGAAACCCAACAUUCCGCUAACGUGGAUGACUCGACAAUUGAAAGAGAUGGUGGAGAAAGACGAUAUUACUUCAGAGGCUGACGGUAUCGGUGAUUCGGGGACACUCACCAGGAAGCCCAGGAAGAAUCGCUGUGAUGACUCUACACUGAAGCGCCAUCAUAAUAUUGAUUCAACGGAUACUAGUGUGUAUGGCACAGCUACUACCGUGAGCAUUACAAGUACAGAAAGUCCAGUCCGAAAGGAGCCUGUUUCUCCGACGUACGAUCACUAUGACACAAUAACUCGCGACAGCUCCUUCAGAAACAGUACAGACAAUAGUUCAUCUCUGUACGGAUACACCACAAUAUACGACAAAGUGCAGAAACAACAAGCUGAAUGUACCGUUGAAGAUUUGCCUUUGCCACCGCCCCCUGUCGUUGCAGAUGUCCCAGACGCAAUGUUCAGUUCAACACUGAGCCUCGACAGCCUUCCUCCACCGCCGCCACCGCUGGACGCGAUUGAGGAUUUGUCGGGAUCUCUACUAAGCCUUCCCCCACCACCACCCGAGCACGCCAUGGAGGCCAACAGUGGUCGAGUGCAAGACAUCGUCAGUCAACUGACGGCACAACAAAUAGAACAAGCUUCGCGAGCUGGUCAAUGCAGAGUUACAGCUCGAACAAGUGAGCCGACCCGUUCCUUCCCGAGGCAACCCUCUCUCGACAGCGUCCACUCGGAGGCUUCGCGUAGCUCGUCACUCCCAUCUGACAAAAGCAUUUAUGGCCCGCAAAACGUCGCGUAUGGGGCCUGCCUAGUCGAGUUGCAGACUAAAAAAUUAAGCAGCCCCUCCAUUCAAAAAAAGGUGAUCACACAAACUGAACCAACGAAGGAGCGAACGGGUUCUAUAAAAAAAGUUAAUUUUGCCGAUGACUUACCGACGUGCUCCGAAAAGAAGGUCAAAAAGAUCUCGUUCAAUCUCAAAGAGCAACCUCCGCUUUCGCCGCGGAAACCGCCCCCGCCGAAACGUAACGAAAGCACUCGACUUACAUCACCGAAAAAGCUAGUCGAUUCAAACAGUAAUCCUCCAAAGGAAUUUCUAAAAGAUCUGCAGAGGGUGAUGCGGAAAAAAUGGCAAGUCGCACAAAAGUGUAAACUCGAACCGGCAACAACUCCGCACGAGGUACUUGGUUUCCGUGAAUAUCCACUUGCGGAUGAUUACAAAGAGACGAGCGUGUCGAUGUGGGUGCAGGAGCACUACGGCAGCGGCGUGGAGGACCCCUUCUACGAGAACGUGUAUAGUGCGGAACAGACGGCAGUGCGACGCGAGGAACCCAAGCCCAUAAAGAAGCGUCCACCACCAGCACCGCCGCGACGGAGCGACUCCACGCACCUGUCCACGCACCCGCACGCCUCAGCCGUACAGCCCACCGCUUGAAACGCGACCUCCUACAAAUACCACUCAACGGCAAUUAAACGAAAUGUUGAUUCUAAGAGGAAAGCAAAAAAAACAUAGACAAUUAAGGUUUGAAAAACUUAAAUGAUUAAAUUUGGGUGUUAAAAAUAAUAUUAGGAGAGUUUAAUAUGAAAAUAAUUCUCAGUGUACCUAUCGUCACUAUAUUCCAUCCGGAUAUUCAUAACGUCUACGCUCUCUUUAGGUGAAAACUGACGUAAUUUAUUAAAAAUUACGAAUAAAAAAUUUUACAAAAAAAAAAACUAAGUAUAUUAAGACCAAAAUUUUGAUAUUGUUCACAUUUAUAAGACUUUCUUUAGGACAGUUAUUGUAUGGUUAUUUGUAUGGAGGUGCUAUUGUAAAGUUGUAUACUAAGGUAUAUGAAGGGAUUUGUUGUAAGUUUACUUGUAACUGAAAAUGAAAGUGACAUUUCGAUAAUUGUAUGUUAGAAUAAAGUCACGCAUUGGCAGCCGAUCUAUUGGAUUCGAUAUAAAAUUUUAACUUUAUUUUAUUUUCAGCAGUUACAAGUAAACUGAGGAAGGAAGCGAAGUUGGAGUUUGAUGAUUUUAUUUUACGUUCCUAGUCAAUAUGCACAUGAUUUCGCGGAUAUUUAUGAACAUUUUUUUUGGAUUUUAUAUUUCUAAAUAAGUUUAUUGUUUUUAGAAAAUUUAUAUUAACACGCGACGAUAAAAUGUAUGUUGAUCUUAUUAUUUUCACAAAUAUAUGCUAACACUUCACCACGAUAAAUGAAAGAAAGUUGCAUUUCAAUUAUGUAGAUGAGGUUCUUUUAAUUCGAUAUGCGAUUCAUUCACAAAUCGUUUUAACCGUUUAUUCUUCAUAAAGUGUUAUAAUUUUAAAUGAUUUCUCACACUCUUAGUUCACACUUUGAGAUAGUAUUAGAUUAUAGUUUUAACUGUAUAGGGAUUUUAAAUCUUCUCAUUAAAAUAACAACGUUCUGUUGUCUCAAAUUAACCAAUUGUAUGAACGAGACCUAACCAGUGGAAUCUCGGUAAUCCCUCGUCAUAAAUGUUGUUACAGUCAUUCCAUAAAUGAAUUUUUACUUAUCGACGCUUGAAAGGCAAACGUGACUAAGCGACAAUGCGUGAACUUUACAGUAGACUAAUUUAAAGUCGAAAUACCUGAAAACAAAAUUUAUUUUAACGAAUCUAGCUGUAAUAGAAUCUAGCUAGUAGCUAGAUUCUCUAGUAGUAGCUAGUAGCUAGGAUUGAAAUGAUUUUAAUAGACCUAGAAAUAUAUAUUUUUUGCGCAUCGAAUAUGGUUAUUGCCUAUCAUUUCUGUACAAAGCAGUUAUUGUCGCUUAGUUACUUUUGCCUUUCAAGCGUCGAUAUAUAGUACAUUAUUUUCUCGAUUUAACUGGAAUAAGUUUCAAAUUAAAUGUAAUUUAUAUUUAUGAAUUACUCUAGUUUAUUUGCCUUAUGCGAUAAUUGCGUAUAACCGUAUGAGUAGAUGACCGAAUAAUGCCGUUGAAAUUCAAUUGUAUACAUUCUACGAUUGAUAAUUGCGCCGUGUUAAGUACGUUAGUAGUGCAACACUGAAAGUAAGAGCCGCAAGGGAACCUCUAGAGAACUCUAGAGGCUAAAUUUUAGUUUGUUUUGUGUGGUGAGUCUACCCUUUAAAACGUACGAAACAUGAGGUCAAUAACCGAGAGAUCAGCUAGUCACCCGGUCCCGCAGAUUUGUUGAGCUCGCCUAUCAGCCGAUUCAUUAAUUUAUUUAUCCAAACACUACUAGAGUUUGUUGACGCUGCAACUCUCGCUUAACACGUUCGCGUGAGCAACCUCAUUUCUGAAUAUUGCUACUGUGGCGCAUCUUUUUCCCAUACAAAGUUUAGCAACGUCUAAAAACGUCCCGCCGUAAUACAUACAUACAUCUUAUGAUGAUUUUUUUUAGGGAACGCGGCGGUGUAGCUUAUGAAAAUCGAAUGUGUUGCGGCGCUAAGUAGAUGCGUCAUAGGAAUUUGCCUAUAAAAUAAACGUCCAAAGACGUUUCGACAAAAUAAAUAUGAUAAUCUAGAGGCCGUGAAAUAAUGAAAUGACGUUGCGCCAUUUCAUUAUUUAAAAAACACGAUGUUCCAAGACGUUGCUCACGCGAACAUGUUAACAAAACAUCUAUUUCUUCAAACUACUCGUGCACUACCUGGCGUAUAUUGAUAGUACUAUGACAGAAACCUUUACCGAUGACAGCUGUACCAAGUUACAUCUCAUACAUGAUUAACAUAAUUUUUUAUUAAUAUACUCCUUCACUUUUGAUAGAAGUUCCCAUUCACUCUAAAUACAUACUUCCAAUACGAAUGCUUUCAAUUUCAGUGUCCCAACAGUUAGUUAUUUAUGUAUAGGCUGUGAUUAUGUUUCGCAUUACUGAAAAUACACACGAAGUCGAUUUUCUCAAAUAAUUUACGGCUUUCGACAUUGUGUCUCUCAAUUUAUCGAUUUAUCUAAGCAAUAAUAUAAAUAAUAUCGUAUUAUUGUGCUCUUGUCGUGCUAUUCUAUAUUGUUCUGAUAAAAUUUCUUAAACGUUGCUAGUUUUUAAUUACCAAAAGUAAAUUAACAACAAAUUGUGGUCAGAAUUAGUUAAUAACAAGCGAUGACAAAAUACCUACAAUUAAGAGAGUCCCGUGCUAUAUGCGUAAUAGAAUUAAUAGUAUGGGAAUGAGUGGAAGUAAAAUUAAUGAAAAAUCGAUUAGAAUUAACGUUGGCGUUAGACCAAUCAUUGAUAUUCGUCGCGUUAUUAUUCAAACGAUUGUUUAAAAUACUGCAUGAUAGAUACGUCGCUGUUUUAAUUUAAUUUUGGUAGAUACUAAUUAGUGUUAUCACACAUCACUAUAUUACUUACGUAACUAAUAAUAACCACACCCAAAUAAAUAAAAUCAAAAUGACUUAAGCAAAGAUAAAGUACAUCACAAACGACUGAAAUGUACCGUUUUUUAUAUGAAUGUUCUUCAUUAUUUAAUGUAAUACAAAGUAGAUGAAUACAUGUUUAAUUUAAAUGUAUAUUUAUAUAUUUUAAUGGAAUUUCACUACUGUAGCUGCAUUAUCGUAGGAUAGCCAAGCAGUGACUAAGCUUUGAAUACCUGACUAGAUUUAAUGUGUGAUAAUAAUAACACGUUUUAGUAGAUAAUUUUAUAAUUGUUAGUUGUGACGUAAUUCGAAUAGUAAAGUAAAACUGCCAUUUAGAAAAAAAUGUUUUACACAAAAAAUGGAGCGAAUGGUUUUUUAUUUACUUGUAGAAAUAUAUACGUGUAAAAUGAGCAAAUAAACGAUUAAUAACUUUAUUA